AGUAUAGAUUGUCAGUGAGCUACAGCGUAAAUCCCCUGUUAAACUCCAUUUAAAAACUCGAUCGAUAAGAUGAAACUUCUGUCGUCGAAAGUGUCCCUGCUGUGCAACCGUUUGUAGACUGUGCAUUCGCAAAGUAGCAGCAUGCAAUUUUGAGGGAAGAAAAAAACAAACCACCUGACACUCGAUCUAAGCAGAAGCGGAAGUGAUACAUGGUUGAUGCUACGUUUCCUUUUAAGAAUUUGUGCAUCGUUGUGGUAUGAGCAGCAAUAGUAGCCCUGAAGUCGAAGAACAAACAGCCGAAAUGUAGCAAAAUGAGUUUACGUAUGCUUUAAAUGAAGAAACAGUAAGUAAUGUUAAAAGCAGCCCAAGACCAAGGAAUAGGAGUUCGAUAAUCGAGAUGGUAGCAGGAUCAAUUCUUGAGUUUAUACAAUCCUAAACGAACAGAAACCAAAAGAAAAUGGAAAUGCAUUAUUUUUAAAAGUUUGCUGACUGACCAUGAAAAACUCUCCAGCAGAACGUAAAGAGUAUACAGAAUGCAUAUGUUGAAUAAAAUGAAUCAACUACAAGAAUAAGAGAAAAACUACUACUUAUGUAGAUACCUCAACGACAUCGUCGGCAGUAGGAUUCUGUAAAAAAAGUGUUGAAGAUUUGUAAACUGAUGACCGCAUGCCUCAAGUCAUCGUAUUUGUGGCGGCACGUGAAAACCAUACGAUUGACAAUGUAUAUGCGAGUGUUCCUGCAACAGGAGAGCACCGCAGAAGAUCUGCAAGGAAUUGGAAAUGGGGCAAAUUCCGGUUGAUACUUCCAAUAGUUUGAUAUCAAUCCGAACAUUGGCCAAAAUUAUCGUAACUAUUGGUUGAGUGCACGCGCAAUUUUAGCUCCCAAAAAUACCGAUGUCGAUGACUUAAACUAUAUUUUUCAAAGUCAAAUUCCGGGAAAUUUGUGUUCACACAAAUCGAUCGAAAAUUAUGCGUUGAAAAUGAAGACGCAGCCGUAAACUAUCCAGUGGAAUUUCCAAAUUCUUUGAAUUUGCCUGACAUGCCCCCGCAACCUUUGCAUCUGAAAGUUGGAUCUGUCAUUAUUAUGCUUCGCAAUCUUCAUGCGCCGAAACCGAUGGCCAGAUACACGUGGAGUGUUCACGAGUUGAAAAACGACAAAUAAUUUCACAGUAUAGUGGCUAGAGGAAGUAUUGACUUGAUUUCGUCUAUUUUUUUCUUUAGAAUAUCUGAGAAAUUUACCAUUAUGGCCGAAGUCUGUGACUUCGAAAGUUAUAAUCCGAAUCGACAAUUUUUAAAUGGGCGAUGUCACACCAGAAAUACAGUAUUGUGUUUUAUUCCGAUACCUUCACAGGUGUAUGAGAAAAACUCUAUGAAAUAAUAAUUUUUUUAAAUUGCCAAUCUUGUUAGAGGUCAGCAGAAAUAUAUACGUACAUAUGUACCUGUUGCUGUCGUAGCUUGGUUUUUACGUUGCCAUGACUUACGAUGUUUAUGGCCAGUAAAUUAAUCAAUAAUAUUAUAUCUGUACGUAUAUAUAAAUUGUUAAAACAGAACUUAUUUUUAGUGAACGGAAAUAAUAAAUAAAUAUAAUAAAUAUGACAGAUCAAAAUGAGUUAGACCAAUUGGCUGCAGCAGAGUUGGAGAGACUACAGCGCCAACAUCGUACUUUGCAAUUGGAGCUGCGUGGUUUGCUUGAAGAAAAAGCUAGACAGUUAAAGAAGCAGAAUCAUAUGAUCACAGUUUUGCAGCAAGAACAUCAGAAGUUAAAAGACGAAAUUAACACUUUGGAGAGCGGAACGCAUGCAAGGAAAACUACAAAUAAAGAAAAACGCUUGAGUUAUUUGCAAAGACAAAAUGUUGACCUACAGCAGUUGUUGCAAGGCGAACGUGUCAAACUCUGGGAACUGGAAGGACACAUUAAGAAGGUGGAGAAAGAAAUCGAGGGACUGCGUAAGAAUGAAGUGACGGAUAGUUGUUACAAAGAAAGCAUUGGUAAGGUGCAAAAGAGUGUUGUCAAGUUGGAGAAUCGUCUGGAUGUGGUUAAUAAAAAGUGUAGUGAUGUUUUGACUGAAAAUUGCAAACUGCGACACUCCAUAGAUCAUAUGCUGCAAGAUCGCUCGAAUUUUAACGACAUGUGGCAGACUAUGGUCACUCAAUUUAAUGAGGGUAAGAAAUACAUUAUGGAGCUAAUAGAUCAGUCUACAGUGGCCUUUGAUCUGCGUGAGGAGCUUUGCAAUAAAUUACAAGUACUCAAGGAUCGCAGUGAGAAUGAUAAAAUUAUGCAUAUACAGGAAAUGCGUGAGAUGCAACGUCGCCUCGAACACGACGCAAAAUUGCAGAAAUUCUUCGACAUUAAAGGUAAGAAGCGUCUCAAUCCCGAAUUGGAGCAACGCGAGGCCAACAAAAAGUUGGCUUUGAAAGAAAACUACGAGCGUCAGUUAGAGGAAUAUCAUGCUAUCAUCGAUGAUAUUAAGGAACUAUAUGCAGUGGAGGAUACAGACUGUUUGAAGGCACAAUUCAAGCGUCAGGAAGAGGAAAACUUUGCACUCUUCAGUUAUGUUAAUGAGUUGAGUCACGAAGUGGAGACUUUGAAUGAGACCACACAAGAAUUGAGCGAGGAAAUUGAGCGGCAAAAGGCGGAACAUGAGGAAAAGGAACUAAAGCAGAAAACAGAAGCUUUGGAUUAUUUAAAUAGUGAACUGGAGCAGAUAGAAACGGCCGCCAAGGAGGCAAGCGAAAGAAAAUUAGCGCUGCAUACACGUUUAGAUCAAAUGUUGCAGGGCAUAUUGGAGAUUUUCAGACUUUUAUCUUGUGAUGAUGCACCAAUAUUAAAUGUGCUGAGCACCAAAACCGUAUUAACGGUUCAUAAUGUCAAACUUUUCGUUGGUGUUAUUGAGCGACGCAUUAACACUGUUAUUAGCAAUGUAAACGUCGAUGAAUCUUCGACUAAAAUUUUGGCUCGAAAGGAUCGCGUACCAAAGUUUAAUAUUAAAGAAUCAGCGAAGGGAAAAAAUUAACUUUGGUGCCUCAUAUAUACAAUCAUUAUA